GGAAGAUAACAUUUUGUAUAAGUUGUUUGGAAAAGGAAAGAGCUGAGUUAGAUAACUUCAUCCCAAACAAACCAAACAUUAAGAAAAAAGAAAUGGAAUGUGUAGUUCUGCCACUGUUGACCGAGGCUGCGAAACCCAUGAUCGAGGUACUAGUGAGUAGAGUCACGGCGGAGAUCCACUCCUUCCGGGGAUUCGAAAAAGAUCUAAGUAAGCUUCAACGCAAGAUCCAAAUAAUCUCAAACAUUGUGCUCCACAUGACUCCUACUAAUACUAAUACUAAUAGUAGAGAUCCUGUAGAAUUGUGGGUAAGAAAUGUUGUCAAAGUUAUACACAAUGUGGAGAACUUGAUGGAUGUGUUGUCCUAUGAAAAGCAGCACCAAGUUGUCAUGAAGAGGAGGCUCAGAACGUCAUUCAACGGGAAGACCACUAAGCUUUUGUUCUGGCCUGUGAAACGGGUCUACUUUCGCCUUAAGAUUGGCAAAUGGAUUAGUAGGAUCAAUACCAACAUUGAGGAAGCGCUGAAAGAAGCUGAAACCAUUUCUCAGCUCAGGGGUCUAACUCACUCACCCUCCCUACUACCAGCUGCAACAAACAUUAUUACCAGUGCAGAGAAUCGUCUGCAGCAGCUUCGACGAAAUGUAGAUAUGUCUCAAAUAGUUGGUAGGGAUUCUGAUGUUGAUACUGUGGUGGACAAACUGUGCAACCCUUCACAUGAUUUUUACAAUGUCAGCAGUAACCGCCUUUCUUUAAUUGCCAUUGUGGGAAUUGGAGGUAUUGGAGAAACAGUCGUAGCAAAAAAGGUUUUUGAGGAUAAGCGAGUGAUGGAUAAUUUCACAGAAAGAAUUUGGGUUGUAGCACCAGCAGUGUUUAGCAGUGAAGGGAUUUUAAACAAAAUGCUGGAGUACAUUUAUAUGAGCAAUAGUGAGACUGUAAGCAGCAACGUGAUAGCAGAACGGAAACUCAAGAAAAACCUAGAUGGAAAGAAAUACUUGUUGUUGAUGAUGUUUGGAAUGAAGAUCAAGAGAUGUGGGACGCAACGAGAAGUUCAUUGGAAUGUAUUGGUGGUUCUCACGAAAGCAUGAUUUUGGUGACAACUAGAGCUACUGUUGUAGCAGAGACAAUGCAUGCUUUUGUCGUCCAUUCUCUGCCGGAACUCUCAGAAGAUGAUAGUUGGUCUUUGUUCAAUCGAGUUGCAUUUGCAAAAAUGUCCCCGGAGUAUAUUUCUAUAUUGGAAACUACUGGUAAAAAAGUUGUUCAGAAAUGUAAGGGAGUUCCACUGGCAAUCAAGAGCAUUGGUGGAAUGCUGCAGAAAAGAAGUCAUCCAUACGAGUGGGAGAAAAUAGAACGAAGUGAGAUAUGGGAUUUGCUAGAGGGUGAUACUGGGAUAUUACCAUCCUUGAUGCUCAGCUACAAGAAUUUGUCAUCUUCAUUCUUGCAGAAAUGUUUUUCUUUUUGUGCCACUCUUCCUAAGGGUUCUCACAUGGGUAAAAGCUGGCUGAUAAAUAAUUGGAUGGCUUUAGGCCUUGUCCAACAAUAUGAAAAUAGAGACUUGAUGGAGGAUAUUGCUGAAGAUUAUAUUAAUGCAUUGUUAAGUAUUUCCUUCUUAAAUGUAGAAGAAAGGGAUGGAAUGGGAGAAAUAGUUUGGUAUGGUAUGCAUGACCUAGUGCAUGACUUAGCAAGAUCAGUUUCGAAGCACGAACUCUUAUUAUUGGAGGCAGAUAAUCAAGUGACAGCCAUAUCUGAUGUUCGACAUUUGGCAAUCUAUGAACAUAAGGAACUGAAAACUGAUUGUUGGGACAAAGAGAAAGUGGCAAUUGAAAAUUUACGUACACUAGCCAUAUAUAAGAAUUCACCUGGAGGAUUGUUGAAACAUGUAAAGUACCUGCGUGUAUUAGAUUUAGAAGACAUGGGUCUAAAAGAGGUUCCAGAAUGUAUCGCUGGAUUGAAGUGUUUAAAAUUUCUCGGGUUGGUAAAUAACCCAAUAAAGGAGUUUCCUGAAUUUAUUACUAAAUUGUUCAACUUGCAAUCUUUGCAUUUUAACGAAUGUGAUCAAAUAAAGGAGGUACCUGGAGGAUUAAGUAACUUGGUUAAUCUGAGGCAUCUUGAUAUUCCAGGAUUAAUCAAAUUACCAAGAGGGGUGAUUGGGCAGUUGACGUGUUUGCAAACUCUUCCAAUUUUAGGGGUGCGUGAAGGGGGAUUCCAGAUUUCUGAAUUGGGAGGUUUGCCUCACAUAAGCGACAAGUUAGAAAUUCAAGGUCUUGAACUGAUCAAGAGUAAAGAAGAUGCUAAAAGUGCCAGUUUAUCAGAGAAGUCAAGAGUUAAGAAGUUGAGGCUAUUCUGGAAUACCGACAACGAUGACGACUGGGUAAAACAUGAGGAAGUGUUAGAUGGGUUGAAGCCAAACCGUAAUUUGAGACUUCUGGAUAUUCAAGGGUAUGGGGGUGAAAACUUUCCAUCAUUCUGGCUGAUGAGAAUGGAUAUGAUAAAGAUAAUAGAGCUCACUGAUUGUAGGAGGUGCCGAAAAUUGCCAACAUUGGGGCACUUGCAUUCUCUAGAAAAGCUGAAGAUUAAAAAUAUGGAAAGCUUGGAGUGUAUAGGUGUAGAGUUGUAUUGUUAUACUUAUACAGUGGGUGCAAGCAGUAUUUCCAGUUCCAGUUCCAGUUCCAAUUCUGAGGUAAAGUAUUUUCCAAGCUUGAAACAACUUCAAUUAUUGGGGCUUGAGAAAUUAACAGAAUGGAUUGAGCCAAGUUCGGGGGAGUGGAAUAUCUUUCCUUUGUUGGAGGAAUUACAGAUGGAAGAUUGUCCUGAAUUGAAAACAACUCCAUAUAAAUUCCACUCUCUUGAACAUCUUACUGUUAAAAAUAUCACCAGCGGUCUUCUCUUGUCGAAGAUACUAUCCAACAAAGGCUCAGUCACUUGUCUAAAAAUUGUUCAAAUUGAGGGGAUAACGGAAAUAACAGAUUUACCUGAGGAGUUGGCUGAAUAUUGUACAUCUCUCAAAACAUUGAGAAUACAUAGAUGCCAGAAUCUGUGUAGGUUGCCGGAGAGCCUAUCCAAGUUGAUUUCCCUUGAGGUCUUGCAAAUAAAGGUGUGCCCCAACCUGGUGUCUCUACCCAGCCUCAGCAGUCUUGAGACGUUGCGUGAGCUUGAAUUCUACAAUGUUGGUUUAACAAGUGUUCCAGAGGGGUUGCAAAGUUGCAAGUCGCUGGAGAGAUUGUGGGUUGAUUGUUGUCCAAAAGUAGAGACACUCCCAGACCUGACAGGAUUAAGUCAUCUUUGUGAUCUCAAUAUAAGGCGUAUGACAAAGAUGAUAAAUCAGCCACCUGAUUGGCUAUACCGCCUCCCAUGCCUUACGAAAUUAACCAUUGGAGGUUAUUUGGGGCGAAAUGAAUUUCCAGAUAUGAGCUUCCUCUGGAAAAUUACUUCUCUUGAAGCUUUGAAUUUGUGUGGUUGGGGAAAGCUGCAGAGUCUUCCAGAACAAAUCCAACACUUAACGACGCUGAAAAGAUUGGGAAUAUAUGAUUUUAAGAAUCUAGAAUAUCUCCCUGAUUGGCUUGGAAACCUUUCAUCUCUUGAUGCAUUGUCUACUACCCGGUGCGAGAAUUUGAGGAAACUGCCGACAGAAGAUGCCAUGAAGCGACUCACCAAAUUAAGCUAUUUGACAAUUUUAGAGUGCCCCCUGCUAGAGAAAGCUGUCAAGGUUAAUGGGACAGAACAUCACAAGAUUUCCAACAUUAAAGACUUUGAACUCGAAACAUUUGAUCCCACUGACUGA